AUGUCUUUCUACCAUUCCACUCCACUUGGAAGGAUACUUAGCCGUGUAUCAUCUGACUUAAGCAUCAUCGAUCUUGAUCUUCCAUUUACGAUGUCCUUCAGUAUUUGUGCCACACUAAAUGCAUAUAUCAAUUCGAGUGUUUUGUGCUUCUUUACCUGGCAAAUUUUGCUUGUUGCUGCACCUGUUAUCAUCAUGGCUGUCAAGUUGCAGAGAUACUACUUAGCCUCCUCAAAGGAAUUGAUGAGGAUCAAUGGCACUACAAAAUCUCUAGUGGCCAAUCAUCUUGGAGAAUCGAUUGCAGGAGCAGUUACAAUAAGAGCCUUUAAGCAAGAAGAUCGUUUUUUUGCUAAAAGUUUGGAUCUUAUCGACAAUAAUGCAAGCCCAUCUUUUCACUGCUUUGCUGCAACUGAAUGGUUGACUCAACGUUUGGAGAUAAUGGGUGCUGCUAUUCUUUCCUUGUCCGCACUUGUUAUUACUCUUCUUCCUGCAGGAACUUAUAGCCCUGGUUCUGUAGGGAUGUUGCUCUCUUAUGGUCUGUCACUUAAUAUGUUAUUCCUGUUCUCUAUACAAAAUCAAUGUUCUCUUGCAAAUCAAAUAAUCUCUGUUGAAAGGUUGAGCCAAUACAUGGGUAUUGUAAGUGAGGCACCAUAUAUUAUGAAACAGAAUCAACCACCGGAUGCAUGGCCCUCUGUGGGUAAGAUAGAACUUGAAGGUUUGGAGAUAAAAUAUAAUCAAGAUGCUUCUCCAGUACUUCAUGGAAUUACUUGCACAUUUCAAGGUGGCGACAAGAUUGGGAUAGUCGGUCGAACAGGAAGUGGCAAGACAAGUUUGAUAAAUGCAAUUUUUCGUCUUGUUGAGCCUUCUGGAGGAAAGAUAAUCAUUGAUGACUACGACAUCACAGAAAUGGGGUUACAUGACUUACGAUCUCGAAUUGGUCUUAUCCCUCAAGAUCCUAUACUCUUUUAUGGUUCCAUAAGAUAUAAUUUGGAUCCUCAAGGGCGUUUCUCGGAUGAACAAAUCUGGGAAGUUCUAGGCAAAUGUCAACUAAUUGAAGCAGUUAAAGACAAGCAAGGAUUGGAUUCACAUAUUGUGGAGGGAGGAUCAAACUGGAGCAUGGGCCAAAGGCAGUUACUUUGCUUGGCCCGUGCGCUAUUGAGAAGAAACUGCAUCUUGAUCCUUGAUGAGGCAACAGCAUCCAUUGAUAGUGCAACUGAUGCUAUUAUUCAGAAGAUAAUCAGGACGGAAUUCAAGGACAGCACAGUUAUCACAGUUGCACAUCGGAUACCAACAGUGGUGGACUGCACCUGGGUACUUGUUAUUAACAACGGCAAAAUGGUAGAAUACGAUCGACCUCACACACUGAUGGAGAUGGAAGGAUCUUUUUUUAAGGAGCUUCUGUACGAGUACUGGCUGCAAGCAUCGAAAGGAGGCUUGUAG